CUUCUCUCGUCGUCGCUGUCGUCCCGGUCUUGCACUUCUUUUGUGGACAUCGCUCUGUCUGCGAUCUGUCCUCGAUACUUCUCUAUUCGACUAUCGGCCGGCCCCAAUCAUCAUCUUCACACCAAGCUCGCUGCUAUCGGCGUCGCAGCUUCGUUCUCUCCACAAUGACAGACCUUAUGCGCGAUGCGCCCAUCGGACAACUGAUUCGCUACUUCACGCGCAAUCGAGUCUUGCUGUACCCCGAGGAGAAGCCGGGCUUUCAAUGUCCACCGUCCUAUAGCGAUCCCACCAAUGCUUCCAGGCCUCGAGAAAAGUCGUCGCGCCCUCCAUCACCGAGUCUAAACUACGCGCGGCCACAAGCAGGAGAAGAAGCCGAGUCACCCCACGAUUCACAUACUGGCAGCUAUACGGCGAGGUCCAGUCUCGAUCAGGGAGUAAUCCUACCCGAUCUCGAAAAGCAAGACACCGCCCGCAGCACUGUCUCCCAAUUCGGGGCGCGCACCGCAUUACAAAGAUCUCACACGCGUUCCGAGCUCGACGAAGCUUUCCACGCUUCAUCGCUGACGAAAGAAGUCUCCCGUCCCAUCGUGCCGCAGCGCACAAGCGACGGAAAUAUCCUCGUCGACUGGUAUACGACCGACGACCCGGAGAAUCCGCACAAUUGGAGUCAGGGGAAGAAGGCCGUCACCGCGCUGCAGAUCUGCCUCUACACCCUUGCGGUGUACAUGGGAUCUGCGAUUUACACUCCUUCCGCCGGCGGAGUCGAAGCCGCGUUUGGUGUUUCUACGGAGGCCGCAUCGCUCGGCUUGUCGCUGUACGUGCUUGCGUAUGGCACCGGGCCGUUGAUCUUCUCUCCCUUGAGCGAGAUUCCCUCUAUUGGCCGAAAUCCCCCAUACAUGAUCACCAUGUUCAUCUUCGUUGUCCUCUGCGUGCCUACUGCGCUGGUGGAGAACUUCGCCGGCCUACUGGUGCUCCGAUUCCUGCAAGGCUUCUUCGGCAGUCCCUGCCUAGCCACCGGUGGAGCAUCGAUGCAGGAUCUCUACUCCCUCAUCAAGCUACCAUACAUCCUCUGCCUCUGGGCAUUCGCCGCAACCUGUGGUCCAGCACUUGGCCCCGUGAUCUCCGGCUUCUCCGUGCCCGCGGAAAACUGGCGCUGGUCGCUAUGGGAAAUCCUCUGGCUCGCGGGGCCCAUCUUCAUCAGCAUGAUGCUCUUCCUCCCCGAAACGUCCUCCCCCAACAUUCUCCUCCGCCGCGCCCAACGUCUCCGCAAACUCACCGGAAACCCCAACCUCAAAGCCCAGUCCGAAAUCGACCAAGCCAACAUGCGCCCCAAAGACGUCGCCUUCGAAGCGCUCGUGCGCCCCAUCCAGCUCAUCGUCAUGGACCCCGCCAUCGGCUUCACGGCCCUGUACGUCGCGCUGUGCUACGGCAUCUACUACUCCUUCUUCGAGGUCUUCCCGCUCGUCUACAUCGACCUGUACGGCUUCAAUAUCGGGCAAAUGGGCCUCACCUUCCUCAGCAUCACCGUUGCCGUCGUCAUCUCCAUCGCCGUCUACUGGGCGUACAUCUGGUACGUGGUGGAGCCGGACAUUCGCAAGAACGGGCUGGGCGCGCCGGAGAAGCGACUGCUCCCGGCCGUGAUUGCGUCCUUCCUGUUACCAGUGGGCCUCUUCUUGUACGGAUGGACGGGCAACGGGGAGAUAUACUGGUUUGUCAGCGUGGUUGGGAUUUUCCUCUUCACGUGUGGCGUCUUCAUCGUGAUGCAGUGCGUGUUUGUGUACCUGCCGAUGGUGUAUCCGCAGUAUGCCGCUUCGCUGUUUGCUGGGAAUGACUUUGCGCGAUCCUUGUUGGCUUUUGCUGCUAUCAUGUUCGCGCGGGCGAUGUAUCUUGGCAUGGGCAUUGGGCCUGGCUGUAGUCUCUUGGGUGCUUUGACUGCGGCUUGCAUUGGAGGAAUUAUGAUAUUGUACUUCUAUGGCGAUAGAUUGAGGGCGAGGAGCAGGUUUGCUGCAAAGUAGCAGACUGCAUGCCCUGUUGUAUUUCUAGAAUAGAUUCAAAAGGAAAUUAACCAAUCCGUGGACCCCUUAGUUAGUUCUAAGCCACCAAGAAGAAAAGACAAAAAAAAGGAUACCGAUAUGGGAGAAUCAAACUCCCAAAGUUGCCUGUCAAAGACGUACUUUGGCGGUACUGGGAAUCGAACCCAGGCUGGCACGGGAUUUGUGUGUAACCACAACGUGACGUCAUACCACUAGACCAUACCACCGGUC